AGAAGCUGAUACUCUACUUAAAUAAACUCGAUCAAAGAAUAGGGAAAAGAGAGAGGCUGAGAUGAUAAUAGUGAGAAGUUGAUAAAUUCUCAGGAGAGGUGUGUUAGCGUGUUAAGUCGAAGAAGUUCGUAAGUACUUUGAAGUUCUGCCCAAAGACAAUUUUUCAGUUCGGUUCGCCUUGCUUUUGAUCUAUUCAAUUAUCAACCUGUGUGCGUGUGCGCAACGUUAACGUUAACGUCGUUAACGGUAAUCGCGGUAAAAAAGGUAAAGUGAGUUAAGUAUGCAGCAGCGCGUAUUUUCAGACCUUUCGUUUUCGUCUUGACAGUGGAGCGUUGUCGAGGUACAGGUAUUAUAUUGUUGCCGUUGGUUGUGUGUAUACUUCACUCGCCAACCGCAAAAAAUAUUGUUCAGUGAAACAGUAUGUCGGCCGAUCAGCAGCAGCAACAAGAACAACGACGUCGAGGAAGUGACGUUUUCCUCGGCAGUUUCAGAGAGCAAGACGACGACGAACAGUCAAUCAUCGACGUCUUCGAAUUUGACGACACUUCCCAAGACAGAUGGCUGUGCUCACUGGGAAAUAGAUCCAGGAAGAAUAGCUUGGAAACUUGUAAGAUUGAGGAUCUUGAUGCCUGGUUGCAUGCUGAAAUAUCAGAGUUGGAUGCUGCCCCAGCGGAUUACAAUUCCAGACGAUCCAUUGACACUAGAACUUUUACAAGAAUCAAAAGGCGAUCCAACCGACUAAAUUCCGAUGGAAUUGAAGCUUCCAUAUCACCAGAAACAUCUCCAUUCUUUUUAUCCAAUAUCUGGAAAAAAAAUACCAUUCCAGAGUCCAAUGAAAAGGUUUUUAAUAACAAUGAUGAAGAACAAAUCAUGAAAAAUGAUAAGAGGGACAGCAUACCAAUGAUGCUGAGACCUAAAACAAACCAAGUACUGUCUGCCUUGUUAUCCGAAAGUCCAUCCUCUAUCAAUAGUCAAACUAGCAUGGAGGCUUUUAUGAGUGUAGCUAGAAAAAAGGGUAGUAAUUUUUUACUUAGCGAUGCAAGUGAUCCAGAUUUCAGUAGUGUCCUUAUGAAUAUAUCUCAGCCAUCUCUUUUAUGUACAUCGAUAACAUCAGAUGGCAGAGCCAAUGAUGCUGUAAGACAACAGUCAACAAAAAAUAAAAUGGAUAACAGUAUGACUGAUUCUCAAAUUUUAACUGAUUCAAUGAUGGAAGCAAGUAUGUUUAAAGAAGUCCAAGACACAACAGUUCUAGCUGAGUUUUUGAAAGAAAGCAAUGAUGUUACUCAUCAUACAAAAGAUAUCAAUUCUUAUUUUAAUGACAAAACAUUUACAAAUGAUGAUCUGGAUGAUAUAACAUGCACCAAAACGAGUAAUAAAGAAUCAGAUAGUUGUAAUGCAACUUUUGUGGCGGCUAAAGAGAAUUUUAAUUCAAAUGACACGUACAUUGCUGAUCAAUCUCCGCAGGAUAGAGUCAAUUCCGCUAACAGUACAACAAUCAUAUCACCUUUAAUGAAUAAAACUCUUAUUGUCAUUCCUACGACAACUUCAUUAAAUUCAACACAUGUACUUUCAAAUGGUCCAGAAUUGUGUGAAAAUUGUAUUUUAUCGCCGACGCUAAAAUUAUGUAGUGAACACAAGACUGAUUUGAAAUUUGAGGAAAAAUCUCCAUCUCCAAUCAAACGUAUGGAUGCGACUUUUCAAGCUUCAGAUAGCCAGUCUUCUGAGCUAAGUGGGUCAACCGAAAGUAACUCUAAAGACUCUAUUUUUUAUAAAAUUCCGCCUUUGCGAGCCCAGUUAUUAAAAGUAGCUCAGAGAAACAGUGAAGAUAAACUAAACACUACCUUCACGAAUUCUUCGACAAAAUUAGAUGUCACUUACGAUCAACAAGGUUCUGCCGAGCCACUACUUGAGGUUGAAAGUCUCGAUGCCACUUUCGUUUACGUGCCAUCAAAACAUAAAACCGAAUCUCAAAUUAAUAAACCAAGCCUUGAUGCUACCUACGAUGCAAUGACACUCGCGUCAAAAUUAAGCACUCCUACAAAUACGACCUCCACACAGCAUACAAGUUACGUUCCAAACAGAAAAUCUGAAGAAUCUCAAUCGUACUUACUCGAUCCCAAUCGAUUCAACACUUUUAAAAAAGACAAAAAAAUUGGUAGCCGAUUGUCAAAAGCAUUGCAAAAGCAAGAGCCCAGUGAUAUGUCAUCGUUGCCGCCUUCGCAAUCUCACGUGCCAAAUAACAAGGCUGUUGAUAAUUCUUAUCAGCAAAGGUACAAAACAUUUUCGAAAAGAACUAGUUUGGUGAAAGAACCUAUCUCUCUUACAAGACCCGCGUUCGAAAAAAAAGCAGAAGAAAAGCAACAAUUUGUGAAACCCUCUAUUCAGCAAAUACAACCACCUCGUAGAUUGUCCAAGUUACCGCAGUCGUUUCAAAAGUCUCAUCCCAAUCUUGGCUCGAACCUAAGACCACCCUCCAACAGUGGCAACAGAUUGUCAAUGUACGCUGGUGUUGGUUUUUACAAAGGAUCGCAGCAGAAUAUUUCGAAUAACAUGCAAGCGCUUGGAAGAUUCAAGUCGGAAAGACUGUUGCUAAGGAAGGCCAGCACCGAUUUUUCCACUAGCGACGGCACUAGUCAAUCAAUGGAGAGCAUUGAUAGCAACGGAAGCGCACACAGUGCACCUGAUCUCGAUGGUAGACAUAGUGUGGCUUCCGACAGUAGUAGAGCAUCUUACGUUAUCAAGCCCAAAAAUCCUGAUACUCUUAAGAAGUUAAGAAGUUUGGAAGAUAAGAUGGAAACAUUCAAUGGUUCUACACCGAAAGUUAGAGGGCAUCAAGUUCUUGAAAAUAACUGGGUUCAGGAGAAAGAUCUACCAUCGCCGAUACUUAAGAAUGGUGUUUCAAAGAAUCAUCCAGAAUGCGAUAGUAGAAGCUCUUCUCUGAGUGACAGUACAGAAUUCAGUGCAAAAACUAGCUCCCCUCUAACCAACAGUCCUUCCAACUCUGAUAACACAAUAAAUAUAAUAAAGGACGGUGGAAUUGGAACGAUAAAAGAAAACAUUCAAUCAGCAGAAAACUUGAAACCGAAACCUCAGAUCAAGGCCCCAAGUACAACAACGACAAAAGGGACGAUGUUGAGGCGGCCAUCCAACUGGACGGGAGCUUCAAACAAAGCCUCAAAUGGUCCAGUUAGCGGGAUUCCGCGACCAGCCUCCCGAAUCCCUGCUCCGAGGUUUGUUAGACCAAACCCAAAGUAAUCAAGUUAGCUUGUAAAAAGUAUGAAAAAAAUUUAUCCAUUCGGGCUGAUCAAAUCAGUACAAACCUAUCAGAUUAUGCUGUAAGUUGAAAGAAAUUUUACACUUCAAAGACUAUUUUUCUAUACGAGUUAUUGUAAAUAUAAGGAUCAUGUAAACUUUUGCUGAAAUUGUAUUUUACAAACAGUGCAUAAUCUUGAUAUUUUGUAUUUUUGACUUUACAUUUAUGCUGUUUGCCAUUACCGAAAAGAGGAAAAGUUAUUUGUCGAGACAUAAUCAGACUGCCAUUCAGUGCUCUAAGGAUAACAUAUUUUGUAUUUAAAAAAGUUUAAUGUAUACAGCAGAGCAUAUUAUAUUUAUAGUGACGAAAAGAUUGUUGCUUAUAACUGUUAUACAUCAUUUUUAUAUGCAACUUGUAGUUUGUAGAUGCUGUAUGUAGGAUCGUAUUAUUUUUAUUCCGUUUAUUUUUUUUUUAACCCCAGUUUAAUAGUUAUGGAUACUAUGCUCGAUUUAGGAUACUACGAGCGUUCAUUUUUUUUUCACAAGCUAUAUAUUAUUAAGUGCGUUUCUUUUUGCAAAUAAUAAUGCAUAAUAGAUGUACCUAAACAUAUAUUUUGACAUUUGAAUGUACCAUAAGACCCAUUAAUAUUUACAUAAACACUUGAUUGUGAAUUUGGACUGACAACUAGCUCAUAAGGUCAACGAAUGUAAACGAGUAUUUUUUGAAAUUUCUAAGUUACUGAGUAAGAAUGAGAUUCUAAUCGGACUAAAUGUAUUAAAAGAAUAUACUUUUCAUAAUAUAUUACAGAGCUAUUAAAAUUAAUUUAUUAAAUAAUUUUAAGGUUCAUUAAUGAACAGCACUAACUGAGAAAAUAUUCUGUUUGUUAUAUCAACAAAGUAAUAAUAAUGUGAAACAACUGUUGGAAAAAUGUGAUAAAAUUUUGUUAUACGGUUCCAGUAGACCAC